CGAGGCCAUUGCGGCCUGUAAUUGAGGCUAAAAGCUUUCAACUUGAAUGUAAAGGAUCGACCGAGCUACAAAUGUCGGCCCAGAAACAAAGCUAAGAUGCUGUUGAAGCUGUGUGUUCGUCUGCUGUUGGCUAUGGUGCUAGUGAGCAUGAUGGUGGCUGUCCUGACUCAAAAAGAUGAUAUGGUGAUAGAGGAGGAACAGGAACAACUACUUCCCGUAUUUAUCCCAACUAGCCACUGGCAGAUUAUAGAAUCUGAUCAACCUAUUCCUGCUGGCCUGCACAUCAGGAUCAAUAUGCAGACUGGACUGAAAGAGGCCAAACUAAUGGAUGGUUCAAGGUUUACUGGGGAUCAGCGAAGAGUCAGAAACCAUGGUUACAGCGACAGACGUGGCGUGGUAAACAAACGAUCCAAAGUAUUUACGAAGGAAGAAUACACGAGAAUGCUUCAAGAAUCAUCAACACUGACACCUUCACAUCCUCUCUCCGCUAUCACACACCUCACAACACUUACACCUCUGCCCACACACCUCACACAGGACACUACUCACACUAGUGUAAAGCCAACUGAUAGAAUGUUGACCUUUGAACCCUCGUUGACGCUUCAUGGAGAGGUGGUGAGCAUGUUGGAGCUUGUUAGUUGCCUUGGAGACGAGUGGAGGUCGCCAUUAGAGUUAGUGAUGAUAUUGGAUGAGCUGGAAUAUCAUGUUCAUGAGAUUGACAAUGGUCGAGAUCUAGCCAGGGUAGGGGGUCUCCCAAUGUUGCUACGGUUACUGAACCACACCCACUCUAACGUCAGGAGUGGAGCUGCACUUGUACUGGGAUCAGCAGCGCAAAGCAAUCCUGUUGUUCAAGACAGUCUUGUGUUGCUGGAUAGUGUGAGUAGUUUGUGUGCUCUGCUCUUGAGUAGCUCAGAGGAAAGUGUGCGUAGAGCACUGUUUGCAUUGAGUGCACUAAUGCGUGGCAGACACUCACAUCUCUUGUCUGAGUGCAGUCAGUUCCAUAGCCUCAGAGCAGGGUUUAGCCAACUGAGUGAUAGGGUGAAGCUCAAGGUGGCUACUCUAGUCUCUGAUAUGGCCCCUGAACUGGGUACCCACUGGUGUGAGCAAGUCUCCUCUCUUCUAUAUUCUGACAGUGACACACUAGUUGAAGGUGGGCUGGCAGCUAUGACUACACUACAUUGCAAUCCCACACCUCAUGUCAGCGUGCUCAGAUCUAUCAUGCAUGAGUCUACAGAGAGGACUGACCUAAUGGAGGCUGCAGGAAACCUCUUAUUGUCUCAGAACCAACAUAAAAAAAAGGAACUAUGAACAACAAUCAACAUACAAAAGUUAUUUCUUGAGAGAAAAGUAGUACCUUAUUGUAUAAACAGGUACUAAUUUUAGCAAAUAUUUGCUAAAUUAAGUACGCGCUAAUAUUAAAAAAAUUAUGAAUAUCAUAAAUUUUUUCAUGUACUUUUGUAGAGAGUAUGCUAAGCAAGCUAGCCCUUUUUCAUCUGUAUCCGUAUCUGACUCCAAACUUUCCAUUCAACUUAAAACUCAUUCUUUUUGUGAUAUAUUGUGGUAAUGAAUUUGCUACAAAUCCGCCA